UGGGCCGCGCGGGGUGAGCGGCCCGGAGGGGAGGGCGCAGCGGGGCGCGGCGGGGACUCCGGAGCCGGGAGGCCCGCGCCUCCCCGAGCGAGCGCAACAGCUCCCGCCGCCGCCAGGCCGCGCAGCACGGAGCUCCGCCGCGCCCCCCGCGGGCCGCCGGCGACCGGGACGCAGCCCGGGGCCCGGCUCCCCCGCCCCGCAGCUCCGGGCUCCCCGAUCGGGCGGCGCGGCGGCCUCAGAGCCCAUGGCGGGCGGCGACGCGGACGGCAAGGGGCCGGCGGCGCGGAGGGGCGGCGCGGCGCGGCGGCCGGCGUGCUCGGGCUCCGGCUCCUCCGGCUCCGCCGCCGGCCGCCCCGAGCCGCUGUCCACUGCUGAAGCGGCGGCCGAGGCGGCCGAGCUGCCCGCCUGGAUGCGCCUCUACUUCUACGGGAUGCACGGCAUCGCCCUGGACGUGCUGGUGUCCGCGGCGCGGCGCUUCGCCGCCAGCCCCGACCUGCGGAUGCUCGGCUUCUCGUCGCCCUACCGCUGCCUGCUGCACCUGCUCACCCACUACGCGCUGGAGCGGCUCUACCUGCAGCGGCGCCGCUGCCCCAGCGCCUGGGUCUUCCAUUUCCUGCUCUUCCCGCUGGCACACGUGGGGCUGCAGAGCCUGGCGGGCCGCGCGCUGCCGCUCAGCCUGGGCGGCGGGCCGGGGGCGCCGGGGGGAUCGGGGGCACCCGGGGCCCAGGACCUGGCGCUGCACUACCUGCUGGCGCUCUACCACUCGCAGGUGUUCCUGCGGCGCUUCCUGCGCCUGCGGUGCCGCCGGCAGCUGCAGCCGGGCCCGGGAGCUGCCCCGGCCCCGGCCCCGGCCCCCGGCCCAGUCCCUCCCGGCACCCGAGCCCCCGCAGCGGCUGCAGGUGGCCGGCGGCGCCGACCCCGCGGUCCCCGGGGCCCCGAAGGAGCCCCCAGCAAGGGGCUGCCGGACCUGCUGCGCUUCCUCUUCUACGGGAUGCACGGCUUCUUGGAUGAGAUCUUCUUCACCUUCUUCUUCGACGUGCUGGGCCAGGGCGACCGGCCGAGCAGCGGCCACACGUCGCUCUGGUCCUUCCUCAUGUACGGCAGCUGCAGCUUCGUGGUGGAGAAGCUGUACUUCCACCUGCACUACAGCCGCGGCUGGCGCACCUGGCAGCGCGUGCCCGUCUACGUGCUCUUCAUCUACCUGUGGGAGCUGUGCUGGGGCCUGGGCCUGCGCGCCUGCGGCGCCUGCUCCUGGGACUACUCGCACUACCCGCUCAACUUCAUGGGCCUCAUCACCCUCAUGUACCUGCCCGGCUGGGUCUUCCUGUGCGUGUACCAGGACCUGCUCUCCAACGCGCUGUGGCGAGUGCAGUACCUGCCAGCCGACUGAGACCCACGCCUCUGGGCGCCCACCCACGAAUGCGAUUUGUUUUGACACGUUUGGAACGGAGUGGUCUUUUUUUUU